AUGUUUCAGCAGGAGCAAGUGAAACAACAAUUACAUCAACAACAGGGAGUAUUACUCCAACCUCAAGGGUAUCCUCAAGGCAUAAUGAUAGUUCCACAGAUGCAAUACUACCCAGAACCAGUUGUGUUUCAGGUAGACCAGCAGAUACAACAGCAAGUCUACAACCACCAGCCAUCGCCACAGACUUUGGUUGUCCAACCCCUGGGUCUUAUGAUGGUUCCGAAUCAACAACCCCUCGAGCAGUUUAUGUUUCAACAUCAACAGCAAUUGAUACUUCACCAGCAACAACGGCAACACCACGAGAUGAUAUUUCACCAGCAACAGCGGCAACACCACGAGAUGAUAUUUCACCUGCAACAACAGCAACAGAAGCAGCUACAGAAUCAGCAUCAGCAUGAAAUGUAUAGCCAGAAGCAGCAGAAGUUGAUGGUCCUGCAACAAUUACGGCACCCUCAGCUAGAAAAUCUUGUUGAAGAGCGAAAGAAAAAUAAUACACAGCUGGCUGUAGAGAAAAAACAACAAGAACUACAGAAGAGCCAAGUGAAACUUAGUAAAAUUAAGAAGAAGAUCACAUCCACUGCUAUACUGUCACUACCAUACCCAGUCGACCUCGACAUUCCAUCGGGAGACGAAUUAUCCUAUGACGAAACCAUUGUUAGACCCCCAUACCAGUACCAGAGUUUUUCUAGGGCAACAAGAAGCUAUUCAGAAACAGUUGCACUGACUGUACAGACACCUCAGCGUAAGAGAUCUUCAUACGCGAGUAUAUUGCAUUCACCUCAAUCUGAGUCACCCCCAGGGUCCAGCUCAUCACCUCAUUAUCAACUACAUACACACACAAGUGCUACUACUCCUCCAAACCCCAGACUUCAAUUUUUAGAGCCAGUCACAAAUCUUGAAUACAUAAACACAGAGAACUUACAAGACUUAAAAAUAGAGGAUUAUAGCUUAUUCAACCCAUUUCAUCUUCAUUCAAAACAAAUCCUCAGAAGAAAUCUUAGGUGCCCUGUUUUGAGUUGUCCGUGGAGCCAGAGAAUUUGUGGAAGAGAGGAGCUCCGGAAACAUCACUUUAAGACUCAUCUAAGUCGGGGAAGAAUUGACAAGAGUAUACACCCAGUUGCAGCGGAACUAAUAGCACAGUUGCUUUAUAAAUGUCUAGUUACCGGCUGUGGGAGAAUAUAUAGUAGGGGAGAUUCUCUCAAGAAGCAUAUAAAACUAGUCCAUGAAAAACCAACUAGCAGAUUCAAUAAGAGCGCCCGACUUAAGCUUUUAAAAGUUGAAGAUCAAGGCAUGCGGGAUGCCGCACACAGUUUAUCAUGA